CCCCGCAUGCGAACGGAAGAUAUCACGAAGCUGUGUGAAGCCGUUCCUCCGGAUUUAGCGGAACUCAUUCGAAAAUACCCCGAAAUUUUCCCGGACGACCUACCCGCCGGACUUCCGCCAAGCCGACCCGAAGACCAUCGCAUCGAGCUGGAACCAGGCGCACAACCGACAGUACAGCGACAAUUUCGGCUCAGCCAACCGGAACUCGAGGAAUUGCAGCAGCAGUUGGAUUACCUCCUGACGAAAGGUUUUAUCCGCCCAAGCACAUCCCCAUACGCCGCCCCCAUACUGUUCACACCGAAAAAAGAUGGCGGAUUCCGUAUGUGCAUCGACUACCGCGCACUGAACCGCAUCACCAUCAAGUCCCGUUACCCGAUCCCGCAAACCGACGACCUACUCGACCAACUUCGCGGAGCCAAGUUCUUCUCGAAAAUCGAUCUGCGCGGAGGUUACCACCAAAUUCGCGUCGCCGCCGAGGAUUGCCACAAGACCGCCUUCCGAACCCGCUACGGCAGUUACGAAUACUUGGUGAUGCCUUUUGGGCUCACGAACGCGCCCUCGACUUUUCAGAUGACCAUGAACGGUGUUUUCCGCGAACUCCUGGAUAAAUGCGUAAUUAUCUACCUUGACGACAUCCUCAUCUACAGCCGCAGCAGGGAGCAGCACUUAAAGGAUCUUGAUGCAGUCUUCACGCUGCUGCACAAGAAUCGACUCAUCACGAAAGGGUCUAAGUGCGAUUUUCUUAAGCAAGAGUUGGAGUUUUUGGGCCACGUCGUCUCUACCGAAGGCGUGAAAAUCGACCCCAGGAAAAUCAAGACCAUACAGGAAUGGAAGCCGCCGACCAACCUCAAGGAACUCCAAAGUUUUCUGGGUUUUGUCAACUACGUCCGCCGCUUUAUCCCCAAUAUGGCAGGGUUAUCUGCACCGCUAACCGACCGAUUGAAGGAUCACGAUUGUUUUUGGUGGGGUGAGAAGCAGCAAGCUGCAUUCGAUCAACUCAAAAUCGCCCUCACGUCGCCGCCCGUCCUUCGCAUCUCCGAUCCCAACCGUCCAUACGAAGUCGUCACCGACGCCAGCGACAUCGCCAUUGGUGCAGUUCUCCUCCAGGACUUCGGCGACGGGUUACAACCAGUCGCCUACGAAUCACGGAAGCUGCAGGGCGCGGAAAAAAACUAUACAGUCCACGACAAGGAAAUGCUGGCGAUCGUCCACGCGUUCAAGACCUGGCGGUGCUACCUGACCGGAGCUGACGUCACGGUGCGGACGGACCACAAAUCCUUACAGUACCUGCGCGCCCAACCGAACCUCAAUCCACGACAUAUCCGAUGGCUCGAUUUCCUUGAGUCCAACUUCCACUACACCAUCACCUACAAACGGGGUGCCAAUAAUAUCGCCGAUGCCUUGACCCGCCCUACUGUCCAUACCGCCGCGAUACUUAUCGCCCAGACCAACCCAUUACUUACGAGACUAUUCACUCACGGCUACAAGAUCGAUCCAUUUUUCCGCUCAGCCAUCCAUCAACAGCAUACCACAGCCACCGGGCCAUAUUUUUAUAAGCGUGGCACUUCUCGCAUUUGGCGAAAUUACUAUUGGCCGAACAUGGCCGAUGACGUGCGCAAGUACGUGUCCUCCUGCACUGCCUGCCAGAUCAUGAAAUCGUCGCAUCAGCGAGCAGCCGGACUACUACAGCCGUUGGAUCCACCCGAGCGACCCUGGCAACACGUCACGAUGGACUACGUGACAGGACUGCCGGCCGGCCCCAGCGGAAACGACGCCAUCCUCGUGGUCGUUGACCGACUCACAAAAAUGGCGCACUUCAUCGCCUGCCAACAGACAAUCACCGCCGAACAAACUGCGCAGCUGUUCAUCACGAACGUCAUCCGCCUGCACGGACUGCCCUCCGCCAUCAUAUCAGACCGAGACCCAAAAUUCACCUCGAAUUUCUGGCGCCACCUGUGGGACCAAUUCGGCACCAAACUCCAAUUCUCAUCUGCCUACCACCCACAAACCGACGGGCAGACCGAACGCGUUAACCAAACCAUGGAGCAGCUAAUUCGCACCACCUGUACUGACCCAUCGACAUGGGAAAAAUCCCUUCUGCUACUCGAAUUCGCGUAUAAUAACGCGACCUCAGCCACAACCAAUCAAUCCCCAUUUUUUCUCAACUACGGACAGGACCCGGUCGUACCCUCUACACCGAACAUCGAGUCACCAAUGCCCCGGUCCCAGAAAUUUGCUGAAGAGAUUCUCGCCACUCGCGACAAAGCAGCUGAGGCCAUUCGGAAAGCUAACCUGGUCGCCAGCCGACAAGCCGAUCGACAUCGACGCGACGUCAAUUACAAAGUGGGAGAUCUUGUCCUUCUCGACACUCGCAAUUUGCGGCUGCCGAUCCCAAGCAAACUCCGACCCAGAUUCUGCGGACCUUUCCAAGUGACCAACCUCGUGACACCUGUCACUGUCCACCUUCGGCUCCCGGCUGAUUGGCGCCAUCACCCGGCUUUCCACGUCAGUCUCCUCCGACCCUACGUCCCGAGUUCGUCGGACUUGGCACGCAACCGUAGUGUGGACUAAUCCGCUCCAGCCGAAAUGCACCUUCCG